ACUGAUGAAUAUAAAUGCUAGUCAAAUAUAACUGCCCUGUUUUUCUCUAUAACCUAUCUGUAUCCUAAAUCAAGAAUAAUUUUCUGCAGAGCGUUUACUGUCCAUAACCAGAAUCAGGGCGGCAGAGAACCAAAUACCAUGGACAAAACAAAAAACAACACACGUCUCCGUGAUACCACACACGAAUCCCUGUUAACGUACUCCAUCACGGAACGUGCGAACAACACCACCCAUGGCAGUUUCCUCCAGGCAGGAUGCGAUGUCCUGAAGGUUGUCGAAUGAGAAACCGUUGGUGAUUCAAACUGCCGAAAAUGGAGAAGGAAGAGGAUGUUACAGGACGAAGUGUCCAUUUCCCCGAGGAAAUACUGCUUGAGAUUCUUGUCAGACUCCCUGCCGAAUCAAUCUUCAGAUUCAGAUGUGUUUCCAAGAACUGGCGCUGUUUGAUCUCUGAUCCUUCGUUUUUUUCCUGUUACGUUGAACGGUCUCAACAGUCGCCUCCGUUUGCAUUCAUUUUCCAGUGUGGCCUAAAGGUCGAAGCAACAAGCAACGACUUGAUUCUGUAUCAAUCGAAUUUUCAAGAGCCCGUUUAUUUUUUGGCCAAUUCCUUCACAAGAAAAUGUGUCAAAAUCCCAAUGCAUUGCUCAAGAAGAAGUUACGGUGCUACCGGCUUAAUCUCGUGUGUUAGAAAUGGGAUCACGAGCUACAACGUUGUGCGCCUCGUUAAGUCUUGUGACAGCAGUGGAUUCUGUUUGAAUCUCGAGACAUUUUCUUCUGAAAAUGGAGCGUGGAGGAGCUUCAAGAUGAAACAUUGCACGUUUAAUGUGGAACUCGAUGCAAGGCCAUGCGUUGUUUACAAAGGAGUUCUUCAUUGGAUUUGCAAUAGAAUGACGGCCCUUUUGGCCUAUGAUCCUGGCAGGAGUCCUGAUGAAUGCCGUUUCAUCAGCAUACCAAAUGAGACCUACAAUGGGAACGGCAUCAACGCAAUCUUGGGAGUGUCUGGUGAAAAUUUGUACUAUUUUGAGAUGUUUGGGAUCUCUAUUCAAGAACGUGAGCUGCCCAGAUGGAAACUGUGGGUGCUGAAAGACUAUAAAAGUGGGGAAUGGAGUUUGGAUCAAGAGGGAAAAGAAAGGAAAAUAGAGUCAAUUUCUGCUGUUUCGAAUGUGCUUUCUACGUAUAGCCCUCUCUUUCCAGUGGCACUUCAUCCGUGGAAUAAAGACAUAGUGUAUUUCUGGUACGAGGGUUAUAUCUUAACUUUCAGUGUCAAGAAAGGAUGGUUUGAAGAUAAGCUAUCAUCGUUUCGUUCCGAGAGCAUCGUAGCGAUGUGGGAAAUAUUUCCUCUGUCGAUGCCAUUAUGUCCAACCCAACUUCCUCAGCCACAAUGGGACAGCAGCAAAUUGGCAAUGUUUGCUGAUGUAAAACCUGAUACAGAACAACGAAACAGCUGGGCAUGAAAACCGACUAAUUAUGCAUUGGAAAGUUUC